GCCCUCCCGGCGCUACCUGUGCGAGCGCCGCGGGGCCGGGCGGGGGCCGGGAGGCGCUCCCAGCAUGGACUUUGACGGUGGGUUUGCGUCUUUGCCGUUCAGGAGCCUGGAGGAGGCGGCGGCGUCGGUGGGACGAGGGCCGGAUCCCGCGGGCACCGCCGGAGGAAGGGGCAGCCCGGCGGGCGGGCACCGUGCGCGGCGGGGCCACGCUUCCAGCAUGCGGCUCGCUCGGACACCGCCCCGCCGCGCCGAGUCCCAGACGUGAAGCUGGCUGUGCUCUCCUGGGGACGAGGGGACAACCUGUUAGAAGCAGGCGUGGCUCUGAUUUCCUCAGAAGCACAAAAGGAGAUGCUCUGUUCUUUGAAAAUAACUGGAGCCACUGGCAAGAAGCAGCAACACUGCAUCGAACAAGAGAACCAGGUUAUCCAAACAUGCUGUUGAACUGAAUUUUGCAGCUGCGUUUUCCAAUGUACCAUGGGAUGCAUCAAAUCCAAGGCUGCCUUCCAAGGUUCCAACGCUGUCCAGGAUGAGCGGAUCGGGGGCGCUGGCGAGGGGUGCACUGGGGAGAAGUCAUCUCUGCUGGCGGUGAAGGCGGAGGAGAGGGGCCCCUCGAGCACCAUCGUGCUGGACUAUGCGCACCGGCUGUCGCGCGACAUCCUGGAGCAGGCCGUCAAGCAGUGGGCGGUGACCGAGAGCAAGUACAGCGACAUCCCCUUCAUCGAGAGCGACGUGCCCUGAGCCCUGCCGAGCCCGGCCCCGUGUGCGCUGCCAGUGCACAGAGAGCACCCCCAGCUGUCCCCUGAGCAUCACUGCGGGGAGGGGGCUGCAGGGAGAGCCUCAGAAAAUUUGCCUUUUAAUGGAGAUUGCUAACAAACUAGUUGGAUCGCAGUAGAACCUGUUCAUCAAGUGGUGUUUGUUGUCAGCCACGUGUUGAGUAUACAUAGAGCAUCAUACUGUCUUUGUGUGUGUUGGAUGUGACCAUAAAUUAGCAUUAAAAAGAUGAUGAGAAGACUGUGGCUGCCCUGCACCUCUACAAGCACUGCCACAGAGGACAAAAUGUGGAUUAUUUCUGUGUUCUGCAUAAAAGAUCAGUGGUCUGUUUGUAGGUGAGAUGAACUCUCUGUGCUUGGUGAAUUUGUGUUUUGCUGAAGUGAAAUCAAGGUCUGCAUGUAGCAAAGGUUGCUGCUGUCAUAAAUUUUACUUUUGAUUCUGUGACCUAACUAAAUCUGUAAAACCACAAAAUAAUGAAGGUGAUGAGAGGCGCUUUGUAAACCCCAGUAGUAUUCAGAACCAUUUGGAUGAUGAUGCUCUUCACCUUCCAUUGAAGUGAUGCCAGUGUUGAUAAGCAGUGAAUUAUCAUUAACAGAUGCUUCUGUAAAUGCAUGAAAGCUUGUCUCUAAAACCCUGCAGUAAGAUAGGUUAAUGACAUCUGGUGUGUUCAGACCAAAGCUGUUUGGUUUUUUGGUUUUGUUUGGGGUUGUUUUGUGUUAGGGUUCUGGUUUGGGAGGAUUUGGUUUUGUUGUUUUACUGUAAGCCAGAGAGAUGUGCAAAAACUACUGAUGGCAACUAGUGAAAGGAACCUUCAAAGGUGUUGCAGUGCUUUAGGACAAUUUGUUUCAUGGGAGCUGUGGCUGCAUUACACUGAAAUUCCUGUGAAGUACCACCCUGGGACAGGACGUCUUCCUUCAGCUUCUGUAGGCUGCUGUUUCCCCACUGGAAAACCUGUUCAUGGUAAUGCCAGCAGGAUCCACGGGAGCCCCAUCCCUGAGCAGUGCUCUGCAUGCAGAGUUAGAGACUAAGCCUUAGCCCAAAGCUCAAGGGCUGCAUUUCUUCCCCAGUGCAUCCACACACUGCUUCCUGCCUGCCCAGGACUGGCAGCCAGACCCACUGCACUCACCGCUGGUGUUUGACAGAUCAGGACAGGGAUGCAUUAUUCCUAUUCAUCCCAGAGGUACAAUGUUGCUGACGUUUUAUGCAAAGUCAAGGCCUUUAACAGCUUGGCUUUUACCACCUGUUCGUUCUUUUUUCUGUGAUGCCCACUUUAAAAGACAUAGUUCCUUUUCCUAGAUCAAAAUACUUUCUAUUUUGUUUUCAUUUUAUAGAGAAAUGCUUUCCAUAAUGGCUAAAGCUGUUACUAUUUUUAAAAGGUACACAUAGUUCUAGUAAAUGUCCAAAGCAUGAUUUUUCAAGCAAUGGGGAGCAUGCAGAAAGAGGACCAUGUUAGCUUUUUCUCUGACAUAAGACAGUCUAUGAAUUGAGCUGUUUUGCAAAUGUUGUGACACAAACUUAGGUAUUUGAAAUUCACCCAUAUGAGGAAGCGGUUUUAUCAGGAGUAAAGGGUGAAAAAUGUUUCUCUGUGACACAGCACAAGGCUGCCAUUAAAUCCCAGUGUCCAGACUGGAUUCCCAGUGACCUGUAUUAAGGCUGUUCUCAGGCUUUUGCUGGAAAAGGGAACGAAAUCAGCUUAAGCUGUAAUGUCCUCUUUGAAGUUAAAUAGUUGUCUUCAAAGCCAUUUGCAAAGUGGGACUAAGGUUUUAUGGUUCACUUAAACUCUCCUGCUAAGUGAUGUUCCUUCAACUUCUACAGCAUAUGAAACAUUAGAUCAUACUCUGUUUGCUCUAAAAUACCUCCAUGUAUUAGUGUUAGAAAGCAACACCAAAACACUGAUCAAGUCAGUACAUAUCAAUGGAUAUUGCUUAACCACAGUAUUAAAAAAGAUUCCUAAUCUUAUUCUAGUUAAAAUAAAGCUUUAUUACAAAAAAAAGAAAAAAGGGGCCAACCUUUUUUCAUGAGUGUGGGCUCAUGUUAACACUGCUAACCACAGUAAUUAAAAAUAAAAAAGCCAAAGCUCCAGAGCCAUUGCUGGCCAGGCAGGUGAGAAGCAGGCAGAGAACUGCACUCACUGUCAGAGCACUCGAGGUGGAUCUGCCCUGGCCCUUGUACAAGGCACCCUGGUGGUUGCCACGGGCACUGGGAUGUAGCAGUGCUUCCUGUUGCCACGUCUCCAAUCUUUCCUCUGGAUGUAGCCUUAGCAUCUGAUUCUCUUCAGGAAUAUCAGAUGCACUUUUGAAAGCAGCUCCGCGUUGGCCAGCUGCCACCACACAGCCCAACAGCAGGCAGAGUUACCAAACAGCCCAGGAUUCCACCGCAGCAUCCACGGGACCAGCACUGGGCAUUUCCCCAGAGGAGGAGCUCCCCCAGGCACACUGAGCAUCCCCAAGGACUGCUCCCCUGUGCAGGAGCUGCUCUGGGGUGCCUGCCCUGCCUGCCCCGAGAGCUGCCCCCAGGGGAACUCGGCACCAGCUGCUUGGUGGCCUGACCAGUCCCUCACUGGUGCCUGAAGAUUACAGCAGCUUCAGAACGGCCCCAAGUGCAAUUCCAGCUGCUUUGUGAUGCUUUCCAGGACAUUGGCACUUCAGGGAAGGCACGCAGCAAACGGAAAGCAAACAAGCUUAAAAACAACAGGGAGAGACAGCAUCUCACCAGGAAAAUCAUCUCUUUUACACGAUGCUGUCCUUAUAAAUAAUGCACUUACCCUUAAUAGAAAAUAAAUCUGUUCAGUGCUACAAUCUGGUAAGAGACUGAGGGAGAUCUCUCUCCAGAGCUCUGCUGUACAUUUAAUAGGCACAAUACUAAUACAUUGUAAAAAUAAAGACUUCUGCACCUAAAUAAAUUUAUGCUGAGCUGUGCUAGAGUUUCACAGAGCCACUGACAGUGGGUUUCCAGCUAAGUUACCAUUGAUUCUUUGACUUGAUUUUGUGUAAUAAAGGCACUCCAGUUUGGGACUGGCAUACUCUGCAAAACUGUUUACUUCUAUUUAGGAGUUAAAAAUACAUUUGCUUUAUAUUUUCUCCAGGAAACAAGAUUAAUCUGAGUGGAUAUGAUGUGACUGACUUGAUAUUCUAAUAAUGGUUCAAAAUACAUUAACUGCAGCACAACUUUGUAAAGCUGAUGUUUCUGGAGUAAGGCACGUCAGUAUUCCCAAAUAAAACACACUACAAUAUAUUUUUACAAUAUUUUUUGUGGAAAAUAUUUUCUUGUGGACCAAAUAAAAUUCAACUUACCAUCUG